UUGUUCCUACUUCCGGUUAAAUUUUUGUUCGAAGUGAAGGAUUCAUUUUUACACAAAAUAGCAGUAAAGAUGCCAGCAGUUAAAAGAAAAAGUACAAGACUGCUUGUAGAUAGCGAUAGUGAAGACAGUGACAGCCCAUCUGACCUCGAAGAGGAAUUGAAAGCUUUGGUGUCAAAGCGUAAGAGAACAGAACCGCCAAGGGAAAGAGCAUCACAUUCCCAACAAAGUGACUCCGACUCCGAAACAUCAGAUGAUGAUGAAGAUUGGACUGCUGAUGGCAAGAAUAAGAAAAAGGCGGGUAAGGUUAAGAAGGUUGCAAAGAAGUCCACAGUGCAGGUGUUCUCAGAUAGUGAGUCAGAAUCAGACAAGGCAGAGGACAGCUCAGAACCUGAAGAAGGUGAGGUAUCAUCAUCUGAGGGGAGCAGUGGUGAAGACAUGUCUGAAGAAGAAGUGUUUAAUGAUGGCUAUGAUGAGAACCUGAUGGGAGAUGAGGAGGACAGAAAGAGACUGGAGCAGAUGACUGAGAAGGAACGAGAACAGGAAAUUUUCAACAGGCUCGAGAAGAGAGAAUCGCUUAAAACAAGGUUUGAGAUUGAGAAAAAACUUCGUAAAGAAAAGAAGAAAGAAGAGAGGAAAAAGAGUCGGAAAGCUGUUGAGGCUCUGCAUAUGAAAACAGCGAGUCUACGUAGCAAGGAACGACGAAAAACAAUGGAGAAUAAAAAAGACAACAAGAAAAUGUCAGCUUUAGAAAGUUUAAGAGCCAAAAGAGAGGAGAAAAAUAAAAAAUUAGAUGAAAAUAAAGAUAAAGAAGAUAAAAAAUUGGAUGCCAAUGAUAUUUAUUCUGAUGAUGAAGAUGAAGACGAUGACGCUGUGAGAUCAUCAGAUUCAGAUAAAUCGGAUGAUGAUGCCAGUCGAGGCUCAAGCUACAAAUCAUCAGACUCAGGCUCAGAUUCAGAGCGAGAGUCUCGUCACAAACCUGUACAAUACAUAUCUACCAAAGAAGAACUUGGUAAAAUCAGAUUGUCGCGUCACAAGCUAGAAAGAUGGUGCCACAUGCCUUUCUUUGCUAAAACUGUCAUUGGUUGCUAUGUACGAAUAGGAAUCGGUAACCAUGAUGGUAAAGCUGUAUAUAGAUGUGCAGAGAUAAUCGAGGUAUGUGAAACUGGAAAAGUCUAUCAACUCGGUACAACAAGAACCAAUAAGGGACUCAGACUCAGGUACGCCAACUCAGAGAGAGUAUACAGAUUAGAAUUUGUUUCAAAUUCAGACUUCACAGAAAAUGAAUUUUUCAAAUGGAAAGAGUCUAUGAUGAUAGGAGGACUUACUCUGCCUACAGUUCGAGAGAUAGAUCAAAAAUUACGAGACAUAAAGAGUGCACUUACACACAAGUUUAAUGACAGAGAUGUCGAUGCUAUUGUUACUGAGAAAUCUAGAUUCAAGAAAAAUCCAAACAACUAUGCCAUGAAGAAGACACAUUUAAUGAAAGACAAGGAAACAGCUGACAUGGUUGGUGACACAGACAAGGUCGCGGAGAUAGCUCAGGCUUUAGAGGAGCUAGAAGAGAGGGCAGUUGAGUUAGAUAGACGCAGGACCAGCAAUAUAAGCUCAGUCAGCUAUAUCAACCAAAGAAACCGACAGAGAAACAUCAUUGAAGCAGAGAAUGCUCUAAAGACUGAAGUAGCUUUGAUGAGAGAGGCAGCAGCUGAUCCUUUUACAAGGAGACAGUGUAGACCUAAAAUUGUUACAAAGACCAGAGAACAAGAAGUUGUUGAUGAUGAAGUCAGAAGAAAGUUGAUGGAGAACCUGUUGAACGUCAAGGCAAAAAAAUCUGAAGGCUCUCAAGACGAAGCGACUAGUGCUCGACAAACUGAAGAAAGCAAGGACAGUGCAGAUGCAACUGAUGGUGGGGGUAAAGUUACCACCCCUGGUGCGGACAAAAAACAUGGUAGCGACCUGUUUGCAGUGCAUGAUUUUGAUAUCACCAUCGACCUUGAUGUUCCUGGUGUUGGUCCAGCCAUGCCUAUAGCACCCACCACCUCACAGAUGCCAAAACCAGUAGCACCCAAGAGGUCUCUCAACCUAGAAGCUUACAAAAAGAGAAAAGGACUCAUAUAGCAGAACAGAGACAGCCUAGACUCUAUGGGUAUUAAAUCAUUUGAAAUAUGGAUGGUCAGUGGUAGUAUAUUGUAAAGAACACUAUACACUAGAACAAUGAGGGAGUAAGUAGUUCUAGUACCAUAGGAAGAGGUAAACUGUAGUGAAUAAGAUGUCACCCCGGCCAACUGUCAUUAUUGCAUUAAAUGCUUGAUAACGAAUCAAGGAUAUAGUUGGUAGAGUAUAGAAAGGUACUAUGUAAGGAAAGCAGUUUUUAGCAUUUUGCGUAUGAGGUACUAUACCGCAUUUCAUCUGGUGGUGAAUAAUAAUGCUGAGCAUGACAUUACAUGACACAUCCUUCACUAUCAGGCUGAGCUACGUACAUGGAAUAUCCAUAGACCAAGGAUUUACAUGGCACGAGUAAUGCAGUUGGAUGAGCAACGUAGAUAUGAUAUGUAUGAAAUUGCAAACAUAAUGUGUUGGUGUGAAUACUUUGCAGCUAGCAGGUCACAUUUGGGAACAUAUCCCAGAUAUACAACUCCGCAUAAUUAGGCAAACUGUGCAACUUCUACACAACCAAUCCACAUCCAUGUGGAACCCACGCCGCGAGAAUCCAUGUGGAGUCCUUGUGAAACCUACUUAUAUAUAAGAGGUUGUAGGACGAACUCAUAACUCCCUUGUAAAAAUGAUUGUGAUGGCCCUGUAUGAACAUCAUGUGAAAAGAGAGAAAUAUGAAGUGUUGAUAUACGUAUAUGCAGAAAUAAUUACAUUUGUUAUUUGUAAAUAAUGUAUAAAUAAAUCAUGUACAAAAGUGUAUAUCCUAGCAUUCUUCAAUUAUGAAUACCAGCAUGUGUUUUAU